UCGAACCAACCAAUCAAAUUGGAGCACGAGAUUUAAACACCCUGAGAUCAAAAUAAUGGGAUCAGGUACUCGUUUCAGAUCAUAUUUUUAGCGGAUUUUAUAAAGCGGAUAAAAAUUCCACACCAAGUUGCACUAUGGAUAAGACAGGAACCCUUAUGGGUCCUUACAGGGCAACAAGACUGUGGAAUGAUAUCAUCACCACCUUCCGCAGUGGGAUGAAAGUGGGACGUCAUAGGAAGGCCAUGAAAACCUAUGAUGAUUGCUUUGUGGCCUCUGAGGCCAUUGACUGGAUGCACAACUGUUUGCAGACAAACCCUAACUUUGGACCAGAAGUAACAAGGCAACAGACCAUUCAGCUGAUGCAGAAGUUUUUAAAAUCAAAGGUUUUUGAGGAUGUCAGAGGAGCAAAACACAAUAAAGAACAGUUUGAGGACAAUUCAAGGCUUUACAGGUUCACUCAGACAUCCCCUCUCCGCCCCAUCCGUACUCCCCUCAGACAGAGAAAUGGCAACAGUGACCACUUGGCCCCUUCCAGACACCUAGACUAUGACCAGCUUAAGAAAGUGACCUGCAUACCAGAGGCUGGACUUCCAGAAUGCAAACUGGUUGCUAAGCCACUCAGUACAGAGGAGAUAGAGAAUGAGUACAAGAACAUUACCUUAGGAGGUUUGCGCAGGAUUUUAGGGGUUGAAUCUCUGGAGGGUAUAUUAGACAGAGAGGAGGUCAGUGGAAAGUACAUUUUCCAUAACAUGAACUUUGUCAACAAGAAUGGAAUUGUUACAAAUAUUGAAAGAAAAGACCAGUUACCAGUGUGGAUUUUAUCUGCCAUGAAGUGCCUGGCUUACUGGCCUAACAACAAAGAUGACCGUCUCCCAGACUAUCCUGGCUUUGAGAGAGAUGUGUUUCGUGUGGUACAGGAUUACUUCAUUGCUUUAGAAGAACCACUGCUUACCUUUGACAUGUAUGACGUUUUCAUCAAUGUGUUGUCUAGAGCAGAAAAUAUGGGAAAAGAAAAGGAGUCUAGCAGCACUAAUAGUAGCAAAUCUACGAAUAAGACUGGUAGUCGAACCAGUUUGAACUCUUUUGCUUCAGUAGAAAACCUAAUGCUGAAUCUGACCAAUCAGGGCUGGGGUAAUAUGGCAGCAAAGAAUCCCUUUGAUAACUAUGCCAGACAAAGUGUGAGCUGUCUCAACUUGUCCAGGAUAACUCCUGUACCUGAGCAGAUGCUUUACAGAUAUGACUCCACAAACAGUGUAACCCAUUCUAAGUAUGAAACUGAGUUCAGUGGGGAGGGCAAUGCAGCCCAUACUGUAUAUCACGAGCACCCUCAGACAUUGUCCUCGGAUCAGGGUCAUGGUAGCUCUUAUAACACAACCACCUCACACAGCCGCAGCAGGCAGGCUUCAGCACCAUCAAACUUGAAAAGGACAUCUCAGCAGUUUGCAUCAGUCCACAAUCUAAACCAGGAGGACUUGGACAACAAUGUCAGGGAUGUGGAACCUAACCUUCUUACCUCACACAACAAAUUUUACUCAACAACUCAUCUCAAUACAGCAGAGCAGUUUUUGUCGCAGGGUGGACUUCAGCAGCACAGGGAUAUUAUGGGCUCCCAGAAUACUGCCAGUACAUUCAGCAUGGCCAGUACACAUUAUGGGGGGCACUCACAAGGUGCAUCAACUUUUGGAUACUCAGGGGGACAGGUGACUAGUAUUUACGGCUCAAGACUCAGUCGUUGUCCCUCAGGGUGGGACUUUAGAGGUUCCACAGCCACACUGGACAGACCAAGGAGUGUCCGUUCAAGAGCCUAUGAUGAAAAUAGUGAAUCAGAGCCACCUAGACCCAGGGAUCCGCCCAGUUAUAAACCUCCACCAGCUUAUAAUGUUGUUGUCUUCAACCGUGAGCAUCAACCUGUCAUAUCAGGGGCUGCUCUGAGGAGAAACAUCAGCAAUAACAGUAACAGUGGUAAUGGCAAUAGUUCCUCUUCCACAAACUACUACUCUGCCAGAAGCCAGCAGUGGUCAGAGUAUGAAACUGCCAGGGCCAGUCCUUAUGACAACAGAUUAGAGUCUGUAGAUAUUGCAGAAGAGGAAUUGUCUUCAGGGUACAACAGGUUAAACAGUGAUGUUGACAGGUAUAACAGUGAUGUUGACAGGUAUAACAGUGAUGUUGGCAGAUAUAACAGAGAUGUUGGCAGAACUUCAUUCAGGAAUGUGAACAACAAUGGCACUAGUGUUGGUAGGGUCAAUGAAAGCAGGAAUGAAUCUAGACCUACAGGUCUGUUCAUGACUGAAGAAGUAGUGGGAUGUGUUCAGAAUGCUCUACAGACGUGCUGCCUGUUUCUUCCUCCAGCAAGGAAAAGAAAACUUCACUUAUUAUUAAGACUGAUGAGCCUAACAAGUCACAACAGAGAACUUGUUUUAACUGAUACCACCACAACAAGGCAACUGGUGCUGAGCACUUUCUCUCGCUGUAUCCUGCGCAGCAAGGAAGAGGUGGACCUUGACGAGCUGCUGUCUAUGAGGCUGGUUGGGUUCAUGAUGGACCACUAUGAGGACAUUUUAUCUGUACCAGAGCACCUCAAGAAACAGGUGGAUGACAGAAUCAUCCAUCUCAGGAGGGCCAGGAUAGUUUACACACUGGAUGAUACUCCAGGACUUACUUAUUGUGAACAGGUAACACUGAAGGAAUAUGAGAGCCAGAGACUGGGCCACUCACAGAGAGCAGUAUCAGAACUGCUAGAGAACAUCAUCAGAGACAAAACUAUGGGAGAUAAAGAGAAAAAGAAGAAACUGAAACAGUUCAAGAACAGUUACCCAGAAAUCUAUUCUCACAGAUUCCCAACAAGUCAAAGUGAAGCAGACUUCUUUCCAGCAAAACCCAAGAUCAAACAGCCUUUGCUCAGCCGUCCUUUGCAGAGAUUGAGAUCAUUGAGGUUCUGAAUUGAUCAGGGAUUUGAUGGAGCUUGAAUAGACUUGAACAUGUUGAAAUCCUGGAGAGUGAUUAUUGGCCAUUUUAUGCAUGUUUAGUUAGAUUUCCGACAUCAAGAUCAAUGCAAGAAUGCAUGAGGAGUUGACUAUUUGUUUGUGUGAUAUCAUUUGACAUAACAAAAUUUUAUCAAUGUAUAAAAGAAAAGAUAUAAAUAUUUGUUUGUGUGAUAUCAUUUGACAUAACCAAAUUUUAUCAAUGUAUAAAAUAAAAGAAUUAAAUAUAAGCUAUAAGCACUGUUAUAUGUUUAGGAAGAAUCGCUCAAAUAUUGCAAAUUCUUUAAAAUAGUUUUGAUUUAUCUGAUAAAUCUUUCAUACUGUUUAAAAAGUAUUGUGGUUUUAUAAAAUAUUCCUAUGUUGCUUUUAGAGUCUUUUUUACUUCAACUUUAAUGCUACAGAGAAAGAUGUCUUUGUGUGAGAAUUUAGUAAUGAGGUUUAUCUAUUUUCUGUUCCAAAUUUCUUGCUGUUUGAAUAUUUUUUGUUUCCUCCAGUAGUAUCAGAUCCUUGAAAAUCUUGAAUUUUUUCAUUUAUAUGUGUUUAUACCAUCUUUUUAAAAGAUUGCCAUUGUUCAUCAUCUGAUUCAUUUUGUAUGUCAUAUUAAGCACCAAAAUUACAGUAAGCAAUUCACAAAUUUUCAUUGUGCACAUUGUGUUUCAUGUAUAAAGUGUGGCAAAUGGGAAAAGAAAAACCAUUUAUUGACUAUAAAAGAAGCAUGGGAUUAGGAACUGUUGCAACUUAUGAUAGUCAGAAUGUGAUGUUAGACAGAUAUUAAAAAGUUGCUUUUUGUGAAUUAAGAAACUUAGACAAUCACUUGCAUAUUUUAAUGCCUUCUGGUCCUGUUUCUUUUAAAUUGGGUGGUCAGUAAGUAGGUUUCUAUAAAAAAAUUGAGUAAAAGUUCCAGUUUUCAUGAUAUUUGCUGUAACAUGUAUCCAGAAUGGAAGUUUUAUUUUCUGAGUUGAGUGUUAUUUUUAAUGUAAAUGCUAAUGAAACUAGUCAAGUUUUUUUUCUCUCUCUCUCUCUCUUUUCCAUUUGCAGCAUUUUUGUAACAAUGGUUAAGGAAUUGUCAUUGAACAGGUUGAGCGAACAGGGUGAUUGUGAUACAUUCAGUGCCAAUGAUUAAGUUGUAGUUGAAGGCUUUUUUCCUGGUAGUCGUAAUAAAUUGAUAUAUUAAACGUAGAAGAGCAAAAUGGUUUUAUGGUAUUUUUAAUACAAAGAUUGCAAUCUUUUGCUAUUGAUAAUGCUUUCUUAAUGCUAAAGGUAUAUCUAUAUCAUUUUUCACUUAGUUUGUAUCAGGGCAGUUCUCACAUUUAAUCAGUUUAAUUUAAUCUUGCAGUAUCCAUUGCCCAUUUAUUGUAAAAGACAUAAAUGUUGUCAUAUUUGUAUUGUACUGACUGCUGCAGAUGAAUGUACUGCCUAAAUUUUUUUUUUUAUGGAACAGCUGGAUGGGCUGUGCAACCUUUUUAAGUAUUUCACCACCGUGAUGACCCAAAACUGAAUUGUAAAUAGUAUUGUAAAUGAAAGACAAUACAGUUUAACAAACUA